AUGUCAUGGAAGCAAGCGAAAGAAAAAUUGGCUACUCUUUUCACUAAUGAAGAUGAACGCGGAAAAAUCAAAGGUCUUCUUUUGAAUAAACCACUAGAAGAACGGUUAGAAUAUUUUGAGGAUGGAGAUAAGGAGGUGACUGCUGCUCUUAAAACGCUUUUACAAGAUUAUGUUAUAUUAAAUGAAGACUUUUUAGAACGACUUAGCAAAAAAAUAGCUGAAGAAUUAUGCAAAACCAAAACAAACAACUGA